CACAUGAACCCGCGCCAAGAAUGAAGGCACUACCACUCUCAACGGGCCCAGGCUCAGGCUCAUGCUCAGGCACGCCGCAGGCCUAGGCACGAUGUGAAAGUGUAAGCGUGUGAUUUCACACUCUCUCUCUCUCUCUCUCUCUCUCACACACACACACACACACAUUCACACACGAGGGCACCAGGAAGAAGAAAGGCCCUAGAGGGUCAAGGCAGGGCAGGGCAGGAAGGGAGCGAGAGAGAGAGAGUUUGGAUCUGCGUUGAUCAAGAGUUGCAGUGUUGCGUUGCUAUUUUCCUAGCUUUUGUUUUUUUUGUUUUGUUUUGUUUUGUUUUGUUUUUUUUCAGUUACAGCACGACAAGCACGCAAGCACAGUGGUAGGACUCCGCAUACCCAGGAAUUUCUAGUGGUACUCUGGUACCGUUGUAGCAGUGUUGGUCGAGUGGGUCAGGUGGUGCGCGUGGAUGCAGAGCUGGGAUAGAGGCUUGGAGUGCAUGAGAUCCGGGCAGGCAGGCGAUGGAGGUGGAUGUGGGGGUGGCGACGACAUUGUGGCUGUGUGGCCGUCCUACGGGCGGGAGUCGGAGCCCCUUCUUCCCUUAUGUUUGUGUGUGUUAGGGCUCCGGUGAUUUUGGUUGGGCUGUGAGGAUUGAGUGCACGAGGAAAAGUCGGAAGGUAGCUGGAUCGGGUGAUGGUUUUUGGUAACUAUAGCAGGAACAGAAGGUUGCUCUCCCACAAGGAGCUUCGACGACAUAGCAAGUGCCUCUGAGGUAGCAGGCGAGGUUGAAUUGGGCGUUUAGGAGGAGGAAGAGGGGGAGCAUAUGUGAGUGUGGGUGCGGGAGAGGCAUGUGUUUAGGAGGCUGGGCACUGUCGAUGGGGCAGGUGGCGUGGGCAUCCAGAUGUGGGGAGCGCUGACUUGAGUAGGUAGGGGAAGGCCAGGAACGGAGGAAGCGGUAGCGAGGUGUUGUGAUUACCAUUCCAGGUGUAGGACUUCUGCAGAGAUGGGCUGUUUCCCAUGCUUCGAUUCUAAACCAAAGGAGAGGACGUCGCUGAAGAAGAAUGCCUACAACAGCAGCCAGCGUGAUGGACAAUCGCCAGCUGAUAAUCCCACCCCGCAAAUUUCCAAGCUUACCUCGGGUAACUCGAAGAAGUUCGAAACGAAUGAGUCUUUCGACAAGAAGGAGCCGGUGCGUGAAGAGAGCACGCCAAUCGACGCGCACACGUUCACGUUUCGGGAGCUAGCUGUGGCGACGAAGAAUUUCAGACCGGAGUGUCUGUUGGGCGAGGGAGGCUUCGGCCGUGUGUACAAGGGACGCCUGGAGAAUACCGGGCAGGAGGUGGCCGUGAAGCAGCUGGAUCGACGCGGGCUGCAAGGGAACCGAGAGUUUCUGGUGGAAGUGUUAAUGCUGAGUCUAUUGCAUCAUACGAAUCUUGUAAAUCUAAUUGGUUACUGCGCUGAUGGCCAGCAACGGCUGCUAGUGUACGAGUUUAUGCCGUUGGGGUGCUUGGAAGACCAUCUGCAUGGCCUGCCCCAGAACAAGGAGUGCCUGGACUGGAACACUCGUAUGAAGAUCGCGGUUGGAGCAGCUCGGGGUCUGGAGUACCUACACGACAAGGCGGAACCCCCUGUAAUUUAUCGGGACUUAAAGAGUUCGAACAUAUUGCUGGGUGAGGGGUUCCACCCGAAGCUGUCGGACUUCGGCCUUGCGAAGCUAGGUCCGGUGGGGGACAAGACGCAUGUGUCCACACGGGUGAUGGGGACCUACGGGUACUGCGCUCCGGAGUACGCGAUGACGGGGCAGCUGACGCUGAAGUCGGACGUGUACAGCUUCGGCGUGGUGCUGCUGGAGCUGAUCACUGGGCGGAAGGCGAUUGACGAAUCUCGGGGGCCCGGGGAGCACAACCUCGUAGCAUGGGCUCGGCCCAUGUUCAAGGACAAAAGGAAGUUUCAGUCCAUGGCAGAUCCAAUGCUACAAGGGCGGUAUCCGAUCCGUGGGCUGAAUCAAGCUUUGGCAGUAGCGGCGAUGUGCUUGCAGGAGCAGGCAGCGACGCGGCCACUGAUCGCCGACGUGGUGACUGCGUUAAGUUACCUAGCGUCUCAGAUUUACAAUCCUGGGGUGCACCCGUUGGGAUCAUCACGGUUCGCACCGGCAACGCCAUCUCACGAGAAACCACACAAGGAGAAGAAGGCACCGCCGGGUCCAAACGCACUGGAGGAGCGGAUGCUGAAGGAGCAGAGAGCUGGGAAGGUUGCUCCCUGGUCGCCAUCGCAACGGUCGCAAACAGCGUCGCUAGACUUGCGGGUGAAGGGAUCGAUGGGGGCUCGAGCUCGGGUGGUGAAUGGGAUGAUGCUGGAAUCACAAGAGUCACAGGGCUCCCAAGGAUCACAAGCCUUGGAGGAGUGGGAGAGGCGCAGCAGCGUGGGGAGGCGCGACAGUCCCAAACAUCAUGCCGCUCCUGCUGCGAGAACGGGCCGGGACGGAGGGAUGCAGCCCCAUGCUCCCACCCGUGAACGCGAGCGGGCGGUGGCCGAGGCACGGGUAUGGGGGGAGAACUGGCGGGAUCGGCAAAGGGGCCCGACUUAGUAAGAAACGAGAGGGAGGUUAGUAGGCACGCACGUAGGUAGGUAGGUAGGUAGGUAAGUAAGUAAGUGAGGAAGUGUUGGGGUGGUGAUGAAGUAGGUAGAUAGAUUAGAUGUGGGGCACUACUUUUGUGGUGUUGGGAUUGAAUUACUACCAUCAAGCAUGGAUGCCUCAUGCACACACUCUUGGGGAAGGAAUCAGCAUGGAUGGUUGAGUAUGGUGUAUCAACAUGGGCAUCAAGAGUUGCAGCUCUAGACAAACCAACAAACAAACAAACAAGCAAACAGGCCAACAAAAAAGAAACAUGGAAUAAAUUGAAUUCCAACCUUGUUUUGUAAGACCUUA